AUGUCUCUCACAAUCCCCACCAACCUCUCCAACCCAAUGCUGAAGCUCAACCCUAAGCUCGCCGCCUCCUUCCUCCUCCCCAAAUCGCAAUCCCUCUCUCGAUCCAACUUUGUAUGCUCUGCCUCCCAAGACAGCAACAACAACUCCACCGCCGCCGCCUCGCCUGUCCAGGCCUUCUCCGCCGCCCUAGCCCUCUCCUCCAUCCUCCUGUCCGCCCCACUCCCGGCCGUCGCCGACAUCUCCGGCCUCACCCCGUGCAAGGAGUCCAAACAGUUCGCUAAGCGGGAGAAGCAGUCCCUGAAGAAGCUGGAGUCGUCGCUGAAGCUGUACGCCCCCGACAGCGCCCCUGCCCUGGCGAUUAAAGCCACCAUGGAGAAGACUAAGCGCCGGUUCGACAACUACGGGAAACAGGGCCUGCUGUGCGGCUCGGAUGGGCUCCCGCACCUGAUCGUGAGCGGCGACCAGAGGCACUGGGGCGAGUUCGUGACCCCAGGGGUGCUGUUCCUCUACAUCGCCGGGUGGAUCGGGUGGGUUGGGCGGAGCUACCUGAUUGCAAUCAGCGGGGAGAAGAAGCCCGCCAUGAAGGAGAUCAUCAUCGAUGUUCCCCUGGCUACUGGGUUGAUCUUCAGGGGAUUCUCUUGGCCCGUUGCUGCUUACAGAGAGUUCAUCAAUGGAGACCUCGUUGUCAAGGAUGUUUGA